GUGCAGUCUUCUGUGAACCGCAGUAUUAAGUUCAGUUUUCUGUCAUCUGUUCUAUCACUCAUAAAUGAUACAGAGCAGCCUUAGUGUCAGCCAUGGGGAGCAAACAACAGAUAAACCUUCACCAUUUGGCCAUGGUCUAUUUUCUCUUGAGUUCAACUUUACCUGCUGCAGAUGGUCAGAUCAGAUUAACUGGGUCUGGGUCUACUCCGUGCUCUGGAAGAGUUGAAGUCUAUUACAACAACACCUGGGGAACAGUCUGUGAUGAUGGUUGGGACUCAGAUGAUGCUAAGGUGGUUUGCAGAGAGUUGGGCUGUGAUACGGCAAUGAGUGCCCCUCAAUCAACCUACUUUGGUGAAGGAACCGGACAAAUCUGGCUUGAUGAUGUGGACUGUUUAGGAAAUGAGAGGUCUCUAACUCAGUGUAAGCACAGAGGAUUUGGGACACACAACUGUGGACAUGGAGAGGAUGCUGGUGUUUUCUGUUCAGGUGUCAGAUUGGCUGGGUCUACUCUGUGCUCUGGGCGAGUUGAAAUAUAUUACAACAACAUCUGGGGAACAGUCUGUGAUGAUGGUUGGGACUUAAACGAUGCUGAGGUGGUUUGCAGAGAGUUGGGCUGUGGUACGGCAAUGAAUGCCACUGAGUCAGCCCACUUUGGUGAAGGAACCGGACAAAUCUGGCUUGAUAAUGUGGCCUGUUCAGGGAGUGAGAGGUCUGUAACUCUGUGUCAGCACACAGGAUUUGGGACACACAACUGUGGACAUGGAGAGGAUGCUGGUGUUGUCUGUUCAGCACUCCUCCCAAAGCCCAACAUCUCCAUGAAUCCUGCUGCUGAGGUUACCUGGGGUCAGAACGUCAGCAUCACUUGUUCUGUCUCAACUCAAACUCAACAGAUUUUAAGUCCAACAUUUAUUUUGAAAAAGGCUUCAAGUUCAGUUGAAAAGACCCAAACGUCAAGUACCAACUUUGUUACCUUCAACAUGCCUGAAGUCAACUUUGACAACGAAGGAUCCUACCAGUGUCAGUAUAAGAUAACAGUUGCAGGUCAAGACUUCACCUCCUCAAGUGACUCUGUCAGCCUUUCUGUUACUGUGAGCCUCCCGACACCCAGCAUAUCCAUGAAUCCUGUUGGUGAGGUUACCUGGGGUCAAGACGUUGGCAUCACUUGUUUGAUCUCAACUCAGGUUUUAGGUGGGACAUUCAUCCUGCAGCACUCCUCAGGCUCAUCCAGAAAGACAGAAACUCGUACCAACUCUGCUACCUUCAACAUUGUCCAAGUGGACUUUCACAAUGAAGGAUCGUACCAGUGUCAGUAUCAGACAAGGAGUUCAAGUCAAGACUUCAUCUCACCCCAGAGUAACUUUGUCAGACUCUCUGUUUCUGUGCCGCUGCAGCAGCCCAACAUCUCCCUAACAUCUCCUAACAGAGGGCUGGUCUGGGGCCCUGAAGGUGCACAGAUCACCAGAGGUUUCAGCUUUGUCUUCACCUGCUCCACUUCCUCCCAUUAUCCUGGAGGUGUUUUCCAUCUCAUCUUCUCUGGUUCAAACCUCACCAACACAGAGCCAGUGGUCAACCAGUCAGCCUCCUUUUCCUUCCCGGUGGCUGAGUAUGAACACCGGGGCAACUACAGCUGUGUGUAUGAAGUCACACUGUCCUCGAGAAGAUUCACUUCUACACAGACAGCACCGGUUAGUGUCGUCAUUAAAAUGCAUUUGUUGCCGCUGGUCUCUUCAGUAGCUGCUGGGGGUCUGCUGCUGCUCCUGCUAGUCUUGGUGGUGGUCUAUCUGGUCUGCAAGAGAAGACGACGAGCCGAGCACACUGGAGCCGUCGUCCAAACUCAAUUACCAAAAGGCAUGCAUAAGGGAGUCACCAUAUAG